AAACAAUUUGUUUUGGUUCUUGAGACAGAAAUCAUUUGAUUUCUGCCCCUUUUCUCACGCACACGAACACAACUACACUGUGAAAAUGAGAUCACUGUGGCAGAGAUUUCCAUGGCGCCAGUGCCUUCCAAGCAAAUUCGCCCACUGCUUUACUUCACCAUCCUCUCCGUCUCUUCUCUCGUGCUGUUUUCUCUUUAGUCCAUUCCGAAGGCCCAAAUCCAGACCCGAUUCCACAAAAUCCCCGGCCCGAACUUCACAUUUAUCAUCAAAGUCCUCAACUUCAACCGGCUCCCUUCUCUCACCCGGUGUCUCAACUCUCUCUAUAAAGCCCGCUACGAUGCCGGCGAUAAAGUUCAUCUCCACAUAUCAUCGACCAUUUCCAGCAAGAUCCCCAAAAAAACGACUCUGUCGAUUUGGAUCAGAAGCUGAAACUCUCCAAGCGGAUCGUUGAUUUCGUGGAUGGCUUUGGUUGGGAAUUUGGAGAGAAGUUGGUGCAUUAUAGGACUUCCAAUGCUGGGCUUCAGGCCCAGUGGCUUGAAGCAUGGUGGCCCGCUUCUGAUCAUGAGUUUGCUUUCGUCGUUGAGGAUGAUCUGGAGGUUCCUGAAAGCUGUGAUAUUGAAUUAUUAUUAUAAUGCAUCAAGUUUUAUUCCUUCCAUAUUUGGAGCAUCAUUGCAACGGCCUAGAUUUGUGCCAGGUAAACAUGGAAACAAGAUGCACUUAGAUGGUGAAGCUAGGAUUUUCUUGUACCAGCUAGUUGGCACCUGGGGCCAGCUUCUCUUUCCAAAACCCUGGAAAGAGUUCCGGCUGUGGUAUGACAUACACAAAGCUAAAGGCAUGAGGCCGUUCUUAGAUGGAAUGGUGACAACUGGAUGGUACAAAAAGCUUGGGGACAAAAUCUGGACACCCUGGUUUAUAAAAUUCGUCCAUUCUCGUGGGUACUUUAAUAUCUACACUAAUUUUCUUCACGAGAAGGCACUCAGCAUCUCUCAUAGGGACGCUGGUGUGAAUUAUGGAAAAACAGCAGGGCCAGAUUCAUAUUUACUGGAUGAAAGCUCUAUUGAUUUCAACUUAGUGGAACUUUACCCUCUGAACAGUCUCAAGUGGUAUGACUUCUGUUUUAGGGAAGUACUCCGCAAUAGAAUUGUAAAGAGCUCGAAUGACUAUGAAUCCAUAAUUCCAACUGUACAGAAAAGCAACUCUAUUAUACUAUUGAGUGUGUACAGAAAGCCGGAAAUGAUUAUAAAGAAUAUUCUCUGCCACUUUGAGAAGCUGAACAUACAGAACUAUCUCUUAAUCGGCCCAACUUCUGAUUUUCAAUUCAGUAGUAGAUGCAAGCGAUUAAGGCAUAUGUUACCGAAAAAAAGUCUCGAACUAGGUUACGACACAUGGUUGCUAGAUGCUAGCACGAUUCCGAUAAGUGGUGACUCAUUUCUCGAUUCCUUUGACCGUUCAAGUGACUUUUAUCUUGGGAAGAGUACUCGACUUCUAUUUUUCAGGGGCUCGUCAUCUGCUUCUAAGAUUUGGGACGAAAAUUUCCUGUAUGAUAUUGCUUCACUAGUGGAUCCACUAAUAAAAGAUUCGGUCUCUCAUGACUCGAUUAUUUUCCAUGCAACUGAGAAAAUAUUAGAGAAGCAGAAAGUAAAAGUUAGCAGUGUUGAUGAUAUGCAGCUUGCUUUUGACAUCAGCGCAGUCCAUGCUAACCAGACUUUGGUGAGGAUGAAAAAUAAAUUUGUAUUCUGGUCUUCUGAAGAGGAAUUGGAUAAAGUACGAAGGAAAUUAACAGAACUCGACAUGUGGGUUGUGGACAGUGAUUUUUCAUGUAUUAGGAAUCUGGUGGUAUUGUUCAUCUUCUUUGGGAUUGAUAAGCAUGGAACAUUAAAUAAUGUUUUGAAUGAAUCGGCAUCAAUAGUGCAC